GAGAAAAGCCAGGGCCGGUGGAGCAGCGACCCCUGAGCAGUGCUCCCUCUCCCGGCUGAGCGGCAGGACCAGAGCUGCGGUCAAGCAUCAUGAGCGAGAGACAAGGUGCUGGGGCAACCAAUGGAAAAGACAAGACAUCUGGCGAAAAUGAUGGGCAGAAGAAGGUUCAGGAAGAGUUUGACAUCGACAUGGAUGCGCCAGAGACAGAACGGGCGGCUGUGGCCAUUCAGUCUCAGUUCAGAAAAUUCCAGAAGAAAAAGGCUGGGUCGCAGUCCUAGCGGGAGAGCCCGUUCCUAGCCUGCCAGAAGACACCGAGUUCAGCCAUCACCUGUCAAGCAAUUAAAGAAAACACCCUAGAGAGAAAUCACCUGCACACGCACACGCACACGCACACGGCAGCCCACAUGCAUGUACAGAGACCCCGCCACUCACGCCCUCGUAGGGAGUAGGCCAUGCAGCCGAGGGCCGCUUUCUCUCUGUUCAUCUUCAGUAGCCUUCCUCCCGCAACUGCUUUCCUUGGUGUUACUGUAAUAAAGUGCAGUUCAGAUGCGUGA